AUGAGGAACCACACAGAGCUGAGUGAGUUCAUCCUGCUGGGAAUCCCUGAAAUCCGGGGAGUGGAGACUGUACUCUUUGUCAUCUUCUUGUUCAUUUACCUCUUCACCCUGAUUGGCAAUUUACUCAUCCUCAUAGCAAUCCUUUCCUCCUCUACACUUCACACCCCCAUGUACUUUUUCUUGGGACUACUGUCCAUUUUUGACAUAGUGAUGCCAACAGUGACCUGUCCCAAGAUGCUACUCUAUCUCUCUGGCCAAAGCCAGACCAUUUCUUAUAAGGGCUGUGCCACACAGCUCUUCUUCUACCACUUCCUGGGAUGUACUGAAGGCUGCCUCUACUCUGUGAUGUCCUAUGACCGCUUUGUGGCCAUCUGCCACCCCCUGCGGUAUAAGCUCAUUAUGAGACCUGGAGUGUGUGUGGGUUUGGUCGUGGGAGCCUGGUCAGUGGGCUCUGUUCAUGCCUCCAUCCUGACCUCCUUCACUUUUACACUGACCUAUUGUGGCCCAAAUCAGGUGGACUACUUCUUCUGCGACAUCCCUGUUGUCCUGCCCCUGGCCUGUGAUGAUUCCUCACAAGCUCAGACCGUGGGCUCUGCAGCUAUUGGCUUUGUGGCUCUACUGUUUUGGUUCACUGUUUGUGUCUCCUACCUAUGCAUUGGGAUUGCCAUUAUGAGGAUCCGGUCCACAGAGGGCAGGAAGAAAGCCUUCUCCACCUGCAGUGCCCACCUUGCUGCUGUGCUCUGUUACCUUGGACCUGUAGUUAUCAUCUACCUGCAGCCCACGCCCAACCACUUGCUAGAUGCCAUAGUGCAGAUCUUAAAUAACAUCGUCUCUCCCAUGCUCAACUCGCUAAUCUAUUCCUUAAGAAAUAAGGAAGUCAAAAAGUCCCUGAAAAGAGUGUUUCACAAAUUAGUAAUUACCUCUCAGGUAUAG